AAUGGGUCGUGGUUGGGGGAGGGGAUGGACCGAGUCCCCGGGCUGUCUGAAUGAGGGUUCCGGGAUGUCUGGCGAGUAAAAUUCCAGUGCUUGGCUCUGCACCGGGUUCCCUACCCCAGUCUCCUUCAACUCCUCCCACUUCGGGGCUACAGACUGAAAGAGCAUCCCGGGAGGGGGCCUUCCAGCCCUGAAGCAGCCUAUCCAGAGCCCCCCAGGUUCUGAUCUUGAAGUUGGAGGCUCCCGGGGAAGUUCGUUUCUAACCUUUGGGUUGGAGGCUGCCUGACCCCAACCGAGUGUGGUAGGUAGGCCUUAGGAAGUGGAGCAUGGGGACGAAUUCGCCAGGCGUUGAGCCUCCAUCUCCCUUUCCCCCCUCCAGUGGGGUGCCGAGGCUCGGGCAGCAUGACGACGGAGACCUUCGUGAAAGAUAUCAAGCCGGGACUCAAGAAUCUGAAUCUCAUCUUCAUUGUGUUGGAGACAGAGUGACAAAGACAAAGGACGGGCACGAGGUUCGGACCUGCAAAGUGGCAGACAAAACAGGCAGCAUCAAUAUCUCUGUCUGGGACGAUGUGGGCAACUUGAUCCAACCUGGGGACAUUAUCCGACUCACCAAAGGGUAUGCUUCAGUGUUCAAAGGUUGUCUGACACUAUACACUGGCCGUGGGGGAGAUCUGCAGAAGAUUGGAGAGUUCUGUAUGGUUUAUUCUGAGGUUCCUAACUUCAGUGAGCCAAACCCAGAGUACAGUGCCCAACAGGCACCCAACAAGGUGGUGCAGAUCGACAGCAGCCCUGCGGCUCCCCAGCCUACCACCGGACCCCCUGCCACUUCUCCAGCCUCUGAGAGCCAGAACGGGAACGGACUGAGCACCCCGCCAGGUCCUGGUGGUGGCCCCCACCCCCCUCACGCUCCCCCCCAUCCCCCCAGCACCCGCAUCACUCGCAGCCAGCCCAGCCACACGCCUGCUGGCCCUCCUGGUGCACCCAGCAACCCUGUCAGUAACGGCAAAGAAACCCGGAGGAGCAGCAAGAGAUAGCAAGACACUCUUCUUCCUUCCUGCCAUCAGUGCAAGCCCGGUGUCUGCUGGAGAGCAAGACAGCCUUCUUCUGGGCUGCUGGCUUUGGGGGAAAGGGGAAGCAGUAUUUUAGCCACUAAACUUCACUGGAGAGGUGGUAAGCAGUGGCCUUAUCCACCCUAAGCCUGUACUCCCCUUAAUCCAGCUGAAGCUGCCUGUCCCCUAGGAUUCAGGGCACUGCCUACCCUCCUCCUUCCCCAUUAGGAAUGACAGUUACUGUGUAUGAUGUGGGGGUCCCCUUCUUAAUAAAUGUUACCACUCUGUA